AUGAUGGCGCAGCCGCCCUACGCACUGCCCUGGUGCCUUCACUACCAGCACAGAGAGGGCGGGGUGGGGGGUCGCCGUGAUCCCGGGCCCCCCUACUCUCCCACCAGCGUGCCCCAGCAUCCCCUCUACCACGGACACUAUGAGCCAGCGCAGACGCAUUUGCCCUGCAAGAGCGAUGACGAAGAAAUCCGGUCAGAGUUUCGAGAGCAUUACGCGAUCAGGUGUGGUGAGGCGGGUGAAGGCGGUGGUGGGGAGGCGGAGACACGAGCGCCAGCGCCCUCUGCCGGGGCGCCCUGGGGCGACGGCAUGGGUGCUGCGCCCGGGAGGGCCUUGGUUGAGUGUGAACGACAUGUGACAAGCUCGCCCGCGCCGGCAGUUAGCAGCUCGCGGUGCGGCGCCGCCUCGCCGACCCAAUACGCCACCUCUGCCCACGGUGGCAGUAGCACUGGUGGUAGCGGAGGCGGGCGGCGGGGCGCGUUGCAGUUGUGGCAGUUUCUAGUGACACUGCUGGCAGAGGGCGCGCGCUGCGUGGCGUGGACUGGCCGCGGCCUCGAGUUCAAGCUACACGAGCCCGAGGAGGUGGCGAGGCGUUGGGGCGCGCAGAAGAACAGGCCCGCCAUGAACUACGACAAGCUGUCGCGCUCGCUACGCUACUAUUACGAGAAGGGAAUCAUGCAGAAGGUUGCCGGCGAGCGCUAUGUCUACAAAUUCGUGUGCGACCCUGAGGCGCUGUUCAGUAUGGCGCGCGCCCCUCCGCCCGCGCCCGCCGCGCCCCCCGCGCCCUACCACGUGCUAUCGCAGCUCUACGGCAGCGCCGCAGACCCGCGCCGCUACUACGCGCCCUACGACGCC